AGUGUUAGCACAACGAGUUGGCUUUGUGAGCUCUGAAAUUACAUCAAUUAUUCGAUUUUCAUUUGGCUCGGCCAAGGCGCUUCCUAUGGACUAAGGAGGACACUCGGCCCAUGGAGCGUCUAGAGGUGUCUUUGUCCGUCGUAGCAUCGUAGGGAGUCGGUGAGGGCACUGAAUAACGACAAUGAAACAUAACAAGAAGUUAAAAUAGACAGUGAUAUAACUUCACUCUAAAAUUUCAAUCAAAUAAACUUUAUUUGAAAUAGUUCGUGUAACCCUUACCCAAAAUGUCUGGUGAAGAGGCACCGGAUAUUUUGGCGGCUGCCUGCUCUGCCGUCGGUAUUGACGAACUUGGCGAUUACAUGAGCUCUUCAGACCAAGUUGAAAGCGCCCCUCCGGCGUCAUCGAUGGCAGCAAAUCAAUUGGUAACGACACAGCAACCGCGAACAUAUGCAACGGAACCAAGAAAAGAGAGCAUCGUCGUAGGAAGACCUAAUGCAGUACAACGUUCAGUGCCUCCUUAUGCAUAUCCAGUGCCUUAUCAUAGCCAGCAAAUCCAAGGCUGGGGACCCAGAAUGCCUCCGCCGUUCGACCGUCGGCGAGAAGGUCACAUAGUCUUGCACGAUCCAACUCGGCCUCAGUACAGAGCAGUCAAAACAAAAAAUGGCUACACCGAAUACCACGCUGCUGGGUAUUUAGUCGGCAAUUCAGCUCCUCAUCUACAUUCGAAUUAUAUAAAUGGUCACCCGAACUCUGUUCACGCUGGUCCUCCUCAAUAUUCACUUCACAAUACUGACCGAAGAUAUGAUCACAGCACAGGACCACAACCAAUUAAUGAAACCAAUCCUCCAAGCCAAAAUUCCUCCUCCCCUUCUGCCAAGACUUUCAACACAGCAGUUUCUAAUCAUCCGACACCAGCACCUGCUCAUCAAAUCCAGCCCAUGUACGCAAGACAUCCCCACAAUCCUGUUUAUCAAUAUCCACCGUAUGACGCUAAGUACCAUCAGCCUCUACAACCAACAUCCCCUAAUAUGCCUUCUUCAAAACAGCAUCUCACAGCACCUCACCCAUAUGCGCUAGCUGAGCGCAUGACAGGUAGAAUGGUAUUCCAUCCUUCCACUGAACCAGCAAGGCCCAUGACCGCAGAGGGAGUGCCUGGCUCUGCAGCUCAUGAUCGGGCCAAAAUGCUGCCUCGAGUGCCACAACAAAGAGUUCAUUACAGAGCAGUAUAUCCACAAAAGGAAAUUGUCCAGCCACCAGUACCAAUGUAUGCCAUAGAAUCUCAACAUCGGCUUCCGAACCACGGGUUACAUAACGGAGUCAUACGUCAGUACAUACGAAUACCUAUUGAAAAUAACUUUCGUUCUCAAAAUACGAUCACGCGAAUUCCAAAUCCAAACUACCCAUAUUUUAUGCAACACUCAAAUGUCAUUAGACCUGAAUCUAAAACUAUGAAAGUCCCAAGUAUUGCAAGUUUACCCUCCGAGCACCCUAGCGUGGGUGAUCAAGUCCAAAUGAACCAAACCAAGUUACUUCCGAAUAAUAUAAACAAUAAAAAUGAAUUAGAUUCACAAGUCCCUAACUCAAUGCAGAAUGUGCCGUCGCACAUAACUAACAAUGCCACCAAUAAGGCGGUUGGUCCACAAGAGCGUUUUACAUUUGAUCAUACAGCUGAUGGCAUGCGGACAAGCAGAACAUGCACCGCUAACGCCUUCUACUCCAAACCUGAACCUUAUUACACAACCGCUCCUCAUCAGGCGAAUAAUGUUAAUAAUAAUCACAUUCCCCGGCCCAGAUUACACGAUGCUGUAAAUAUUUCCCAGCUUCCGUACCACGCGGAUCCCGUUAAUUCUACUGUCUCGUUUCAAGCGUCAAAUCCGACUGCUUAUAAUCGAGAAACUUCAUCAAAACAAGUGCUGGCACAACAAUCCUCAAUCCUUCCUCAGGUUCAUAGUGAUAAAAAAACACUCAGUACGAGACAUGAUACGGACUCCAUUCAGACUCAUUGGCAGAGCGGCGCUGAACGGGUCGAAAGUAAUCACCUGCCAGCUUCAAGAUAUUCUGGACAAUUUCAGAGUAGCCAUUCUGUACAACAAUACAACCGACCACAGCAGCAAUUGUCCCACAAUGCUUUAUCUGAGGCUUCCAUGGGUAAACAUUAUGGGAUCCGUGAAAGAUGCUCCAAUGUCUUUGACCCUCAACAGCAAAGAAUUUCCGAACUCGCUACGCAUCAUCACAGUUACAACUAUCCCUCUCAUAUGGACGUGGAUCAUCCCUCAAUGGUAGAGAAAAGGCACCAAUAUUCGAAUAUUUCUACUGGCGCACCCACGAAAGACUUUCAAACUUCACAGGGGCAGUUGACACGACCUCUCUCAAAUGACACUGGUGCUCAAGCUACCGUUUCUAGUGACAGAGCUUACCUCAGUAAUCCCUCGUUUUCUCCAAAUGCAGUGCAAUCGUCUGAAUUUCAUUCACUUGAUACACGCGCUCAUCCAAAGAACACUGCAACUGGUCUUUCUACACCAAUUACUGCCUAUGAGAGGACAUUGGGUUAUAAUACUUCUGUCUCCCACGUCACUAGUUUUCCAAACCAGCACUGUCAUAACCCAUCUGAGCCUCAACGAGCUCCACUAUCUCAGCAUUCAGCUUCAUCAGCAGACGCAUUGGAAGUAGGAAACAGUAAAGAAAUUUCGUUGCCUUCCGGUGCUCACAGACCUCCUGAAUAUAGUUCUGAAUUUAAUCCCAAUAGUUUAAACUCUACCUUGGGCUGUACAGAAAAUCCCACUACAAGCUCAGGUUCAGCUUUUCAACAUAAAAAUAUCGAAAUUCUGAAGCGGAAAGAUUGCAAUGGCCGGAGAGAGUAUGGAAUGUCACCAAAAGCUAUAAUAUUCGAACGAAUGAAAGACGCUGCAUUGAUGCAAAGUCGCGAGCAGCCUACCACCAUUGAAAAUAAUCCUCAGUCACCUCGUGCUGCCAACGAAUGCAUGAACUUAACGAAUUCUCCACAAUUUUCUAAAGAUACUUCGUUUCCUAAAAAACGGAAGUUUUCAGAUGAACGUGCGAAUGCUGCCUUCUUGAAUGCUCCCGAAAUUUCUAGAAACUAUAAGAAGCAGCUACGAACUCAGUACAGCGCUGAUUCAGGAUCUCCACAAGAAGCUUCUCGCUUAGGGCAUUUCGUGCGGGUAUCUCCUGAUUCAAACACAACCUGUGUGCCAUCAUCGCCGGGAAACAACUAUACGGUAACUAGAAGUGUUGAGAAGCAGACUGAGAAUUCUUCUCGUUGCAGCAUUGACCAUAUCUCUCCGGAUACGUCUGGUGUUUACCAUACCGGCUUCCAGACCACUUCGGACUCGGUGUGCAGCUCUCCCGCAAACAGCGCAGUUCCAAAUUCCUCGUCUUUCGAAAGCUUACCUCGUCCGUUCAGUAAUUGCUCCAAAUUGGAGAGUCCAGCCAAAGACCCACAACUUUCUUCUAGAAGUGUUCGGAGACUAUCGAUAGAUGACAACGUUACUCUUGAUAAGCCCAACCAAAGUUUGUAUGCUCGGGAAUCCGAGAAAGCCAUAUUUUCGGCGCCAGUCAGUCAUACUUCUUUUGACUGGCCGUCGUGUUCUUACCAAUCAAAAACCCCUUAUUCUUUGACUAAAAAAGACAAAUAUAAUGAUAAGGAAGAUGAACUUUUUGCUUCGACUGCUCGAGCGGAAACCCCACCACCUUUUGUACCUAAUACCAAGUCGUAUUCAGUUGAAAGUGGUCUGCUUGAAGUGCAGAAUAUCCGUGAAAUUCAGGUUUAUGAAGAGGUGACCCCACAGAAUUGUUUGGUGGACGUAGAGAAAGGCGAACUUUCUGGAAAACCUGUAGAAAAGGUCGUCCAAAGUCCAGGAUCCCCUCAAAAAGAAAAAGUCGAGACAUCUACACUAAAUUUGUCCACGGAGAAAGAGACAACAGGUGACCGAUUCACAACCUUGCUUCGUCCUGUACUCACAACGUUGUUGAGUGUUCCAGAGGCUGAAUCUCUGCGACCGUUGCUGGAUGAACCGGGCAAAUUACUAGAGGAAAUGGUAAAAAAGGGAGGAGGCGAACCUUCGUCUGAUCCAGACCAUUUUCAGCGAAUGAAGAUGAAUUUCAAACUAUUCUUGAAACAGUUUAUUAACCCAGAAACUCGAUCGGAAUGGGGAUGGGAGGAUUGCUCCAUAGAAGACAUCCUGGAGCUGCUCAGCGCCCAAGCAGGGUCUGCCCGCGAUGCAUUACGUGGAAACGAAUCAACAGCAUCCGAAGUCGAGAUGACCUUACCGUCGUCAAGAGUCCCUCAGGACUGCGUGACAGAAAAUGCUCUGUCUGAAUCUAAUGAUCGUGAGUCUAAAGCUAACGAAGAUAAAUCACCGCAAACUUCCUUGGCGUCUCCUGACUCAAGGAAUUGUGAACAGGAUUUAUUAAAAUCGAACGAUAGGUUGACACCAAACGAGACAAUAUUUGGUUCCGAGCAACCUGUGGUGACGACAAGUUCCGAAACCAAAGACCAAGUCAGUUCUCCAGACUCACUAGCCAAAGAAAAGCAUACACAGUCAACAAAUGUUUAUUGCAUAACUUCCUCCAAUCAAAAUUUACUUGAAGAACAUCUCUCCAACGACGAAGAAAACGGUUCAAAAUCCGAAUCCGGAAACAUUAUGAUAGGCAGGAAAAGCACUAUUGUGCGAUCGUACGCCACAUCAACGACGGAUCCACUAUCCCCUCUAUCGUCUGGGUCUAAUCCCGGCAGCAACUCUUCCUUGGAUCCUAUCGUCAAUACUGGGGGAUCCUGCAUACCUCGUUUUCCUACCGUUGACACGUCCCCCAGUGAAAUAAACCAUACCGAGGCGCAACUUCAGCAAACGUCUGACGUUGACAUGAACUCGUCGACUGAUCACGUCUCCAGUGCCACCGAUUCUUCUGCGAAAAUUUUGACUGCGUAGAUUGUGCAGGGCUCGCGAUUUACAUCUGAAAAAUUUACCAUUUCUUAGUACGUUUCUAUCGCAAUU